AUUUCAUCAUGUGAUCUAUAUUUGCUAACGAGAUUGUAUCAAACAGCUGUGGAUUAAUUAAUAAAAGGGUUUACUUCCUGGUACGUGUGACUACAGUGUGCAGUGAUCUGUACAAUGUCAAGGAAUAGACAAUGCGUUCGUGAUUUGGAGGCUAUGCGUGUUUCAAUGCACACCUUCUUUCACAACAUCCUACCCAUUUUAACAGGGGAUCUUCUAAAAUAUGCAGACGACCUUGAUAAAGCUUACAAAGAUAUCAAGAUUUCUAAAAUUGCCGGACAGUCGGGAUGUGUGGUGGGAGGGGUGUUGGCUGUGGUGGGCUUUGGACUUUCCUUUGUUACAUUUGGUGCGUCUUUAGGGCUUUGCAUAGCAGGAGGUGUAAUUGGCGGUGCUGGUGGUGUAACUUCUGGAGGUGCUUCUAUUGCUGAUUCUGUAAAGGCAAGAGAUGCUAAAAAGAAGGCAGAAGUUCAGUUCAAAGUAUGCAAUGAGGCGAUCGGUAAAAUACUCGAGGAUUGUAAAUCAAUUUCAGACAAACUAGAACGAAUCGGAGAAAUUGAAAAUAGGUUCCCAUUCUGUUGUGAAUUUUGGAGAAAACUAAUGUUCGGCUCUGGUAAAGCAGUUGCUGGCUUCGGUUGGCAAAUUGUUGCGAAUACCGUUAUUAAUGCAAUCAGAAUUGGUAGAACUGUCGACAUUGCAUCGGAUGUAACUUCUGCGGUAGUUCCCGUGUUCCGUACACUUGGAAAUACAGCUAAAGGAUUACAUAUUGCUGGCUGAGUUGUGAGCGUUGUAUUUCUUAAUUUAGAUAUUUACAGUCUGGUUUCAAAUUCAGUAGAAUUGCACACGAAUGAAGCUCAUGAUGAAUCAAAGAGAAUAAGGCAAGCUGUAAAAGAUAUACAGGAUAAAUGUCCAACGGAAGAAGAAAUAGACGAUAUGAUAAAUAAAUGUAUUGCUGCUUUAAGGCAGUAACACUGUAAUCAAGAUGUAAAACAGAAAAAUGUAACGUCUAAAUUGUGCGCUUACAUUUUCUAUUUCCUUGUUGAAGACAAAUUUGUAAUAUAUAUUGAUAUACUCUAAGAAAAGUGUUCAUUUUAUUAAAUAUUUGCUUCGUGUGUUAACGUCUCAGUAGUGCAAUGCGUGAUUGACAGUUUCUAAUUUGAUCUAAACUGUUUACAUACUCUUCUGUGUAACAACCAUUUAAAACUGAAAUGUUUACCAUCAAUUGUAAUAAGGUCGUCAGUAUAAAAAGUAGUAGACAGGUAUAAUAACAUUAGCUGCGAUUGGAUAUUUAGAUUUAAAUGAGGCGGGAUUAAUUUUAUAAAAAUAAUUCAUAUCACAGUCGAAUGAUCAAGUGCGAAAUACUUGUUUAAUGGAACAUCAACGUACAUAUUUAUCCUACACAUUAUUUGAAUUUGAUAAGUUGCUUAGAUGUCGUGUUAAACUUUAAUUUCCUAUUAUCAUAAUUUAUUGUUAUAAAAUCUGUUGUGUUAAAAUGUAUCAAAGUCAUGAAAUCGCGUUCCUUUGUCUAUAAAUGUAUAGAUUUCA